GCAUUUGCUGUGGUGUUGUCCAUUAUCCUCCUCGUGUUGUGGAUCCUAUGCUGCUGGUUCAUUUGCUGCCCGUGCUGUAUGCGCUGUUGCUGCAAAUGCUGUCAGAAGAAGAGGACCAUUGGCGAAAGUCGCAUUUGUCAGGUUCUGCUGUGGCUGAUCUUCAUUGGUUUGGGCGUCGCGGCUGUUGUUUUGGUCUCCUUGAGCUUGAGGGGAGCCACCCAGGUUGACGAGGGCUUUGCUGGCACCUUCUGCGCAGCGGCGGAGCUUGUUCAGGACAGUGUGGCAGGCACUGACACCUUCGUGGGCCUGUUGCCAGCCAUCGGUGUGCUGGAGACCCUGGUGGGUGUUUUGAAUCCAGGAUCUGCGUUCAUGAACCAAGUGGACACCAUCGUGGGAUCAACGGUUCAGAUCGAGCUGGCCUACAGUCAAGUUGCGGCCAGCAUCAAGCUUCUGGAGGACAUCGUCAGCAAUGCUGAGAACCUAGCUCCCACUGGCUUCCAUCAUAGGUGUGUGAUUUGCCAGACUUUGUUCGACAUCUUGAAUCCAGUUCGCUUAGCCUUCGAAGAGAGUUUGGGAACCAGUAUCCGAAAUUCUCGAAAGCAGGUCGAUGAACAAUUGCAAGGGCAAAAGGCACAGGAUUUGCAGAGUCAGAUUCAGGCUGCCAUGGCGCCGGUUCGGACAGCAAAAGAUCAGCUCCUUGAACAGGUGGGCGCCUUGGUGGACCCUGACGGCUUCCAGAAGAAUACUGAGUUGGUCUACGGCGACACCUCUCAACUUCAACCUGCGGUCCUCCUGCUCUUUUUCAUCUACCUCAUCAUUGUGAUUUGCGGCUUCCUUGCGCUGGGCGGCUUUUGCUGCAAGCACAAGCCCUCUGAGCGAGACGAGGAUCAUACAUGUGUGCGUUGCUGCCCCUGCUGCGUAUCGUGUGGUGCUUGUGCAUAUUCCAUGCUGGUGCUGUUGAUUGGCGGCAUCCUGGUCAUUGUGACCAUGGUGGGCAGCGGAGUAUGCCUUGUCCUGAUUGAUUUCAACCAGGAAAUUGGAGAGGAGCUUUUCCAAGCAUUGGAUGUGCAAGUGGACGCAAACAUGGAGAUGGCCAUCACGAUCACUGACAGGUGCUUGAGCUUGAACUCGGCAGUUCUCCAAGCUGACCCAGAUGCUAGCACCAAUCUGGCGGACAUUGUGCAGAUUGCAAAUGAGAGCAAUCCAUCACAAAUGGUCAGCGUUCGGGACACUAUCUACGGCCUGGCUGUCACGCCCAUUGAAACCCAAUUCGCCACCCUGUCGGACACGUUGAACAGUGGCGGAUCAAUGUCAGUUUCCAACUUGACGGAGGUGAACACCUUGAUCACCCAGAUUGCGAGCGUGGACAUGUAUGCAGCCUACUUGCCCGUUGAAGACCUUUCUGGUACUACUUAUGCGGACAUGCUGCCUGCAUACCAAGUGGUGAGCUUGAAGUGCGCUGACGCAACAGUUGGUGGGCAGAGCAUUCCUGGCAUGAACUCAAUGGUUCAGGAUGGUUUCACUCUGGAGGGGAACGCCGUCCCCGCAUUGACGAGCAUGACAACCGCUUCCUCGUGGACAUGCCCGACUUUGGCUAGCUAUACGUGCAACAGCAGAGUCCUUAGCAUUGUUUGGCCUUGGAUUGAAGCACUGCAUGCCUGUAGGCUAGCUCUGGCCUUUGAUUUAAUGUGCAGAUUGAUUGUGCCUGUAUGUGCCAGUCACGUUGAAUGCAAUCAUGGUCCCUUUGUUGCUGUUUCUACUACUGACUCGACAAGAUUCACUGUACACUUGAGCAAGUGGAUAGGACUAUAG